UUUCCGCGUUACCCAACACGUCCACUUUGUUGAUACGUGAUUACGUGAAUUAUUUUUGCGAAUUAAACGCUGCAAGCUAGCCAGCCAUUAAGUCCAACAUGUUCUCGCCCUCACGUGCCCUGCGCCCAGCCCUCAGCCGCUGCUACAGCCAGAUCAAGGGCGGACCCGUUUCCGGCGGCGGUAGACCCAGCGCCUCAGGAUCUCCAGCUGGAGCCGGAUCCUCGCCAUCGGGCGGCGCAUCCUCGCCAUCGGUUGUGGGACUGACCAGCAAUUGCGUGAAGCCCAGCAGCGGACCCGUUGGACCAGGUGCCUCCGCCACCGGUGGCUACAAGGUGCCUGAAUACUACAGCUUCAAUCGCUUUAGCUACGCCGAGGCGGAGGUGGAAAUGGCCAAGUACCGCUGCCCACAGCCCUCGGCCCUCAAGUAGAUGUAGCCCAAUUGUUGAUGUUAAAUAAAAUAAAUGCCAUUUAAAGAGG